CUUCACUACUAAGUAUCAAGAAAAAAAUACUGGAAACUAAUCUGAACCUAAUUCAGGAUUAAAAUGGAACGAUUUGUAGUAAUAGCAUCACCUGCCCGAAACCGUUCUAAGACUGCUUUGUAUAUGACACCCCUAGAUCCUGUCACUGAAUUUGGAGGUGAGCUUCACGAAGAUGGAGGAAAACUCUUCUGCACUUCUUGCAAUGUGGUUCUGAAUCAUGUUCGCAAGUCUGCAAUCAGUGACCACCUCAAGUCAAAGACCCAUACCAAGAGGAAGGCAGAAUUUGAAGAGCAGAAUGUGAGAAAGAAGCAGAGGCCCCUAACUGCAUCUCUUCAGUGCAACAGUACUGUGCAAACAGAGAAAGUCAGUGUUAUCCAGGACUUUGUGAAAAUGUGCCUGGAAGCCAACAUCCCCCUUGAGAAGGCUGAUCACCCAGCAGUCCGUGCUUUCCUGUCUCGCCAUGUGAAGAAUGGAGGCCCCAUACCUAAGUCAGACCAGCUGAGGAGAGCAUAUCUGCCUGAUGGAUAUGACAAUGAGAAUCAGCUCCUCAACUCACAAGAUUGUUGA